GAACAACUCGCCCCGGAGACAGCCAGUUAGUGAAGACCCCGCGACAGGUCUGAUGGUGUACGGUCACAUUGUAGUAUUGCUGUAAGGUACCUACAGGGCGUUUCUCUUGGUGUGUCUAAAAAUAACCCAUUAUGUUUCUCGCAUUGAUUGGUUUCGUGCUGGUGUCAGAAGUGGGAUCGGUGUUACAUGCAAAUGAUUUGACUGUAAACACAACGACUGGUCACAUCCGGGGCAUCUCGGUUAGAGUAGAGAGCGUCAAUCGACACUUGUUCAAGUUCCUAGGAGUGCCUUAUGCCAGGCCUCCAGUGGGUUCCAGAAGGUUUAUGCCGUCUGAGCCAAAGCCAUGGACCCCAGAAGUCUUCAAUGCGUCUGUGUACGGGCCCAUUUGUCCUCAAGACCCAACAUGGGUUAAGUUCAUCAAGAAAAUCGUCCCAGAGACCACCGUGGAUGAGGACUGUUUGAGUUUGAAUGUGUAUGUACCAGAUCUACCAUCCAGGGACGACAAACCACUAGCUGUGAUGAUAUGGUUCCACGGCGGGGCACUUAUCAUAGGGUCCUCUACAGUGUUCGAUCCGACGGUUCUAAGCACUGUUGGAAACGUCAUUGUCGUAUCCGUGAACUACCGCCUGGGCGUUCUAGGUUUCCUAACCAGCGAAGAACCCAGCAAUGUCGGCAAUUACGGUAUUUGGGAUCAGCAUCUGGCCAUCAAAUGGGUGAAAAACAACAUUGCUAAUUUCGGCGGCAAUCCUAAUGAAAUCACCAUCUUUGGACAGUCGUCCGGAUCCAUGAGCGUGUCUCUUCACACGCUGAUUCCUAAAAAUACCGGACUUUUCCGACGCGCGAUAUCUGAGAGCGGCACUGCCUUGAACCCUGGAGCCAUGAUUGACCGCCCAAGGCCGUGGUUUAAACUUUUCGCGCAGAAAAUCGGCUGUGACAGCGUCGAAGGUGCAAAGAGCACGGAAGAAAUUCUGGCCUGUCUUCGCAGCAAGCCCUUCGAAGACAUCAUAAGUAUACAGAGAAUGGUGCGAGCUGAAUCCGUCGAGUUUCUCUUCCAGCCGGCGAUUGGGAAGCUGCAGUGGGCGCCGUGGGUAGACGGUGAUCUCAUCCCUCUACAUCCGGCGACCACGAUCAAGCUGAUGAGCGAAAAUAAUCUGAACUUCAGCGUGCCCCUGACAGACAUGGACCACGUGCUCGGGGUCAACAGUCAAGAGGGCGCCCUGUUUCUCCAACAGCAAAUCGACGGCUACAAAGCCGUGAAGGGUAUUAAUCUAACAGCAAGCGACCUCCCAGAGAAUGUGUACAAAGACUUCAUGGCGUCAGUGGUUACGUCGGUAACCGGGAAUAACCAAUCGGCUUUCGAGGAGAUGUAUGGUGUAACCAUAGACCAUGAGUAUCAGAGGAUUUACAAAGCCAAGUCCUCGCCGACCGACCUCAGCAUCAGGUACACGGACAUCCUCUCCGAUUUGACCUUCUACAUGGGGGUUGUAUCCUUCGCCCGUGUCCAUGCCAGCUUCCGUUCACAGGGCCCCAUCACCCUCCAAACGUCCCCCAAGACGUUCUUUUACCUGUUCGAUCACAGAGCCAGCUGGAAGUCGCACGAGGCCUGGCGGACAGGCGCCGAUCACGCCGACGACCUCGAUUUUGUCUUCGGACAGCCCUUCGUCCUGGGACUCGGGUCGACCUCAGCGGAGAAAAGCCUGUCGUCUGCUAUGAUCACGCUGUGGACCAACUUUGCCAAAACUGGUGACCCUAACCAGCCGUCUGCUGUCCACCUUCCCGCCAGGUGGCCACAGUUCACUCUCGACACCGAGGAAUAUUUGCUGCUGCGGGAUGACUACACGAACAAACAUCCGGUGGGCAAACAACUCCAUCAGUCGCGGAUUUAUUUCUGGACGGACUACUUUCCCCGGUUAAGGAUGGCCUCUCCCACACCAUGUUCCCUGUCGUAGACCAAGGACAGAGCGUUUCAAUAGCCUGACCCCGGGAAGCUAUUCAAUACUUAAGUAAGAUUUUCAAAUCACCAUUAAAUUGUUAUUUCUUACGUAACAUGUUAAAAUAUUGCUAGACACAGUAAAUACUGGGUAAGUUAAUGUAAAGCAAAUUUCAGCUAAAAUAAAGGAAAGCAACAUACCAAGUUUAAUGACGGAAUUUUGAUAGAGCCUAAGAUCGGUAUGUCAUCCUGGGGUCUGGUUACAAUAUGUAGCCUACACAUUAUGUAGAGGAAAAUAAAGCAACAU